AUCAUGACAACUAUUUCACUUCUUUGCAGUGGGACCCCCACACCCUCCGCCUCUCGGUUCGGUACCGCCUUUGCCCUGCAGAUCGAGGAUGAAGACGUGAUCCUGAUCGACUGUGGCCCCGCCGCGACGUUGAAACUGGCUUUGGCGGGGUAUUCCCCGGCAAAUGUGUCCACCUUGUUUCUGACCCAUCACCACUAUGACCAUAAUGGAGAUGUGCCUUGUUUUCUGUUAUCUAGAUGGGAUAAAUUGGUUUCUAAUAAACCCAUUUGUAUCUAUGGGCCUUCUCCCACUACCACCUUUAUCGAGCGUUUAAUCGGCCCUCACGGUGCCUACCAACCUGACUAUUACUCACGCAUGCACUGGUCGACCUGUACAAAUAUCUACACUUCUAACGGGGGCACGUUGCCCCGUCAACCGCCUGCAUAUCAUGCUAUGGAUAUUGUGCCCGGAUAUGUUAUGACCGUUGGUUCCGCGACAGUGACCGCCGGAUAUGCUGCACACGCACAGCCGUACUUGGACUGUUUGGCGUAUCGGUUUGAUACCCCAGCUGGAUCGGUGGUAUUCUCAGGCGAUACAGAGUAUUGCAAGAGUAUAGUUGAGCUGGCGAAGGGAGCAGAUAUCCUCUUUUGUAUGGCAUUGGGGGAUAACAGGUCAUCAUAUACUGCUAUGGCCGGGGUGACAGAUUCGCGGGACGCAGGCCGGAUUGCAGCCGAUGCCGAGGUGAAGCGGCUUGUUCUGACGCAUCAAGCAGGGGGAGCAAAUAGAGAUGAGGAAAUUAGAUGGGCAGGGGAAGUAUUCAACGGGGAAGUUGUUUUUGGUGAUGAAUUAUUAGUUAUUACUUUAUAAAUAGUUAAUUUAGUAAAAACACAUAUAUAUAAUAGUUUCUAUCACCCU